CAGCCAUAAGACUCCAGCAAACAGUAGCCCAAACAAACUUUAAGUUCAUAUAUUUUAGUUUUUUGGAAAUGCUGUUAUGUCUUUAUUACAGCUAAAUGUAUAUGAUUAUAGAUAUUUUUACUUUAUUUUUACUUUGUGUUAACGUGUCAAAUUUUAAGGAAAAUUCGUGAAAAACCCAGGUGUCAAAGGGUUACUAGUAAGAGGGAAGCAUAUGUACGAACAGUCUUUUUAGUGAUGAAUCUGUAGCCUUUGAUGAUCCUUCCAGGCAAAGUUUGCUGAUUUAUACAAUAAAGAUAUGAACCAUCUGAGACAAACUUGAGCAAGCAUUGAAUUUAGUUUUUGUAUCAUGUAAUUCCUCCGUGUUUAUGUUAUGAAUCAUCCUUGCAUUGGGUGUAAACUACAUUUACAUGUAUGUAGUUUACACCCAAUGCAAGGAUGAUUCAUAACAUAAACACGGAGGAAUUACAUGAUACUGCUUAGUUCCUCUUCAUUAAGUCAAGUUAGUGGAGAAUUCAUUUUGCUCAAAUUUUUACAUAAAGGAAAUACCAGUCAGACACUUAAAACUACUUGACCAGGUUCUUGCCAAACGGAUUGUCCUUCUCUAUUGUAAAUUCACGUGUUUCUUUUUUCUGAAAUGAUCAUCUCAGUAUUUCUAGUGUACAGUAGACUUAGUUACUGGUAUGUUUUUCUGUCACCCUCUGCGAUCAAGUCACAAGCGACUGUUGUUGAUGGUUAGAGAUUAUCAGAUAGCAAUUUCAACUCAUUUAUUACAAAAAAAGUGAGCCCUUGAUUGUGACAAAUCUUAGCAGGAAUAUAAAGUUUUUGUUUCCUAGCUUUACUUAAAGAAAGUUUCUUUACAUAAUUAGCUAAUAAAAUAAUUAUUUAUUACUGGGGCGUAGCUGAAGGCUGGCACCGGUCAUAAAAUGCAACGUGUUUCUGUCUUUUCAAAGUUACAUUGUUAGGGAUAUAUCGCUGACUGAGAUAUAUCGCUGGCUCGUUACUUUUGGGAGUGUUCGCUGAGAUAUAUCGCUGGUUCAUUGAAAUCUUAUCCGCCAUUUUGAAAAGCACGAGGUAUGGAGGAGAGUCAAGAGAAAGAUUACGCUGAGAUUAUAGCCUUUUGGGAACGACACGUUCCCCAACCUUUACGAUGUACUAGGUUAUCAGCAAAAACUUGAGAGUGAAUAUUUGGAGAGACAAAUUUACGAGCGAUCGCUUAAGAGUGAACCUUUCAUCGUGAAACUUAUUGAGAAAAUAAGCGACUUAUCAAAGUUAUCUACAUUGAGUGAACCUUCCAUCAUGAAAUUUAUCGAGAAUCAAACCCUUAUCAAAGCUAACUUUAUAUCAUCUUAAAGGACGUGCUACAAGGCGAUCUAGACGUGCUCGUGAACCGAGCAGAAUUCCACUGCUAUACCCAAGAAUCGAAUAAACAACAGAAAGAUAUGAUCGUCCGUCAUAGUGUCCUAUUACUUUGAUUUUACAUUUCGUGCAGCUAUAAAUAGUAACAAAAGAACGUUAACACACUCAGUAUACUGGUUUUAUUUGAAUUUCAAACUAAGUAAAGAUGUUGAGAAGAAUCCAGGACCUACUCAAUACAACACUGAUCAUCAUGAAGUAAUAAUUAGACCUUUUAUGCAAAAUCACAGCUCGACAAUGCGGUUGAUCUCUCCUAUUUCCUCUGAACCUUUGUCACGCAAUAUUUACAUUAGCGACAUGCGAAAACUCUCAACUGUUCAAAAUGGGAGAUUCCCUAACAUUUUCUCUUUUGACAUUAUUCAUUACACCUUGUUUUCAUCUCUAAAGAAUAUUUGCAAUAAAAAAGAUUUUCAUGUCGCCCAACAAACUUGUUGAUGAAAGCGACCCUUCCACAUGGGUUGCCAAGACAAAAGUGGCCCCGGUAAAAUUCACAAAGUGAUUCUUGUUAUUCAGGAUGUACAGUGGUGCAGUGUUAAAGUGUUUUAAAAUAUAUUAUACCCAAUCCAAUCCAAUUUAGAUUCUAUGGUGAGAAUGACUAUGAGGACAACAUUUUCUCAAGUAGUGUGUGUCAGGAGCCAGCAUCGUUUCGGUGGGAAAAUGCAAUAGUCAUCAUCUUUCUACUAACUAUAGGUUUUUGCGAGAAUGUCAGAGAUGUGGAAACAAGUUAUCAAAAAUUUAAGAAGGUUUAUCAUUUUGUGAUUGGAAAAGGGCUUAACCUGCUUCAACAAAAACAAUAUAACUGUGCAAAGUUUUCUUCUGAAAAAAGGUAAAAUAAAGCUUUCCGGGAUGUCAAUUUUUUGAGAAAUAAUACUAUAUAACAAGUCAAAUCUUGUCCUCAAAGUCGUUUUCAAAUCAGGUUAAGGUCUCCAAUCUAUUGUAGGGGAAAUGGUGUUAGUUUGUGUUUUUAGGGUAGUUGGGGAGAAGCAGUAUGUAUACUCCUACUGUUAUCCUUAGUGAAAUUUAAAAUGCUUUUUAUGGACUGAAUUUGAGAUCAUAAUAUUUUAUUUGUCUUUUAAUUAUUCAUUGUAGGUAACAGAAAUGGGCUUCUUCUACCCAGUACAACAACAGAUCAGGUGCGAAUGAAGCUGAAAAUUCUAUUCUGCGUAGUGUCUUGGUAUCAUGUUUAUUUUUUUCAAGAGCUUGAGGCAUUACCAUCCCACAUUUUUUAAUACUGGACAUUUUGCACUUCUAAACUGUGUAACUUGAGCUCUCCAAAACUCACUUUUCCUCUAGCUAGCUGGAUUUGUUUAUCUGGUCAUCCUAAGUUCAACCCCCUUGGUCAUGCUUUUCUUAGCCAGCAACUAGUUUGUCUUUAAUCAGUUACAGUUUUUGACCAUGUUAUGUUUGAUAAGAAUUUUUGGUUAGUGCCUAGUUUUCUGUACGGCCCUUAGUGAUCUGACUUGGGCACUGCAGUGCAUUUCCAUGAGAAGCAAAGAUUCAUUCAUUUGAAUUUUGAUUAAGUGCAUUGCCAUAACAAGAAAAAAAAUUAAAACGUAUAAAGUGAUUGUCAAGAUAUGACUCAAACUGUUGGGUCCAUUCACAACCCAAAGUAGACUGUGAGCACAAAAACAAACAAUUAUCCUCCUUAGCGAAAUUUCCCUUUUAAUGUGGCUAAAUCUAAUUUAGGCUAAUUUAAACACAAAACAAAACUGGUCAGCAGUUUUCCCCCAAGGGUUGGUAUGUGGGGUGGCUGGUGGUUGUUUACAGGUGCUCACGUGUUUACACCUUGGCUUAAGAUGUCAGUCAUUCUGCAUUUGCUUCUUUUUCGGUACUGGGCACCUCUCAAUGAUUUUACCCCUUCUCUGCCCAUCCCUGUUGGCAUGUUAAGUAUGUGGUAAGUAUUUUAGUUUCCACUGAUUUUCAGUGUGACCGUGCAUGGUGGUUGCUGCUCACAGGGUUGUCAUGGAUACCCUACGUGUUCGGCUCUUUUUUGUCUUGUGGCUCUACCUUCUUCGAGCACUAUUCCCAUGCCCGCGUCUAUUGUUGAUGGGUUUAAUAAAAAGUUCAGUAGCUAUCAAGUAUUGCACCAAAUAGUUUUCAUUCUGAGAGAUACAUGUGUAUGAUAUUAUUGUUAACAAUAACAUGCUAUUUAUUUAUGUGUUCUUUUUGGAUGGGGAGUUACAGCAAAUUUGAUUGAUUCACUUACAUUGAUUAUUAAAAUAUCUUUAUUCCUUUUUUAUGUGUCUCCCAAUUUUAUAGGAACUGCAACACAUUCGAAAUUCAUUGCCUGAUGCUGUGAAAUUACAGAGAGUGGAAGAAAGGUUGUCUGCACUGGGGAAUGUAAUAGCAUGUAAUGAUUAUGUGGCCCUAACACAUCCAGACCUUGACAGAGUAAGUCAAUGGGAAUUUAAAAAAAAUUUCUAGUUAACUGUUGAUGAAUAUUUUUACAAUAUGAGAGACAAGGUGGAAGUCACCACAAUAAAUCCAUGUUCUUUGUGCGAUGUGUUUGAUGCAAAAACCAAUAAUAUUUUUAGAGUUUCAUUUCAUCCAUAUUGAGUAUCAUUUUCUGUACCAAUGUCUUAGAGCAAAAAAUUAAGCGUAACAACUUGCUUUGUUUUGUGAUCAGUUUUGUUCUGAAGAUUUGUUUUUCAGUUCCAAAAAAUCCACAGUUUGUUCAUCAUACCUGGGGGACUACUCAACAACAUUUUAUAAGGGAGGAUCUUCCCAGGGUCCAACCCCUAACCUUUAAAGUGUAUGUGACACAAAUUUUUCUUCGGUCAUAUUUUAGUUCUACAAUAUGUGUAAAAUUAUAUUCAGAAUUUAAACUCCUCAAUAAUCUGGCAAGACCUAUUUUUUUUGUCUUUGAAACAUGAAAAUUUGUCUUAAAAAUGUCUGCUCUUUUGCUUGGCCAAAUUGACAAGUAUGACGUAGAAUUAUUUGUAAGAAUGUAGAACAAUUAAGAAGAUGGCGGCAAAUAUGAAAGAUUUUCUUUGCCUUAAACUCCCCAAUCAUCUUCAGAAUCUUUAUUUACUCUGCUUUACCUCUGUUACAGUCAGGUAAAGGGUUGUUUUUAGUGGAGAGUGUGCUUAUAAUUAGCAUAUCCAGCUAGUUUACAGGCACUCCACUGAAAUUAUUCUGAAACAAAUAAUGCCAAUAGAACAUAACAGGAUUAAAAAUCCCAACUGGCAGGAGGCAACCAGUUGGCUAUUUAAAGGCGUGGCUGAGGAUUUGAACUCAGGAUGUCCAACCAAGAACAAAUCCAGCAAGUGGCCAGAGCCAGACUCGAACCUGGGACCACCAGAUUACAAGUCUGACAUGCUAACCACUCAGCCAUGCUGCCUCCUGAACAUACAUUCAUAUGUACUUUGGUACACUGCUUAAUUCCACAGAACACAAAGCAAUGACCCAAAUUGGCUUUUCUUUCAUCCUUUACUCGUUCUCAGUCUUUGGGGCAUUUCUUUAUAGGAAAAAGGAGUUUUUGAAUGGUCAAAAUUCAAGAAACGUUUUGGGCGACAUAUUUUAAAGUUAACAAUUAUUUUUGUUGUUGAUUAAACUUAUCUAUAGCCCUUUCUUUCGUACACCUUCUAUUGAUAAAUGGUACCCCUUUCAUGUACCUACAAUCAUGGACAAAUGUCUUGGGACACUUUUGCAUUUCUGGGGUGUUUUCCAAUUCUCACAGACCCGACCCCUCCCCUCACCCCACAAACAAUGUGUGACGGGUGUAUCCAGAAUUUUUUCCGAGUUUCAAUUUGUAUAGGGUGGGGUAGGGAGAACUGUGGAAAAUUUUGAAAAAGAUGCAUUGUUUUAUGAGAGAACCCAGAGCGACACAAAAAUAUGCAUAUUGCAUUACUGUCCCAAGGACUUUUGUCCAUGAUUGUAGUUUAGAACUUGGUAUCUGUUUUAACUGCCAUAAAUUCACUGUCUUUUUAAUAUGAAGAAAUCUCAAAACCAAAAUGUUUUCCACCCUUCGCAAAGCCAUGAAAUGCAUGUCAUCACAGUGGACAACUCUCUUCAACAACCUUUUUACUUUUUAUUCAAGGCAGCUACUGUGAAGAGGCCUGACUGUAUACACAUUUUAAAAAGCAUAUUCCGUAGUAAUCUUAAUGGCCCAAAAUGCAAUGUAAAUUUCAGGCCUAAAACUAAACAUUAAAUACAUGUGCAUGUAAUCCCAUGCAACAGUCAGUUGUGGUAUGACAAUUUUAGAUACAAAUAUGGCAAAGAAAACAAUGGAGACAGUGAAUUUAAACCUCGCUUAGUCAACAGCAUGCCUGAUUAAGCUCCAGUUUCAAAUGAAGUAACGGGUGUUUAUUGUAAAAUGGUGAUAUCUUGCCGGCAGCACACUGCUCUAGAAAUAAUGUACUGCUGUUUUAAUAUAAAAAAAGAGUUCUCUUAAAGUUGAUAUUACUCUUCCUAUCAGGAAACAGAAGAGAUAUUGGCAGACGUACUUAAAGUGGAGGUGUUUCGACAGACAGUUGCGAAGAAUGUUUUAGUAGGGAGCUACUGUGCUCUAAGCAAUCAAGGAGGCCUUGUAAGUCUCAGUAGUUGAUAAACAUGUAUAUUUAUAUGUGUUAACCUUCAUUUAUAUAUUUUUUUUGUUUUGAUUUAAUGGUUUUCAGUUUAGUUUAUCUUCUAUUUUCCUUUGUUUUGGAAUCUGAGACAAAAGGAGUGGUGCUUGUUUUGAGUAUUACCGGUAUUUUAAAUGUCAUAGACAUUUCUGCUACUGAAAUGAGAAAAAAACUUGCUAAUCAUUUUAUCCAUUUUUGGACCAGGAUCCCAUUUUUUGGUGUACGUUAGAUAAUAUGAUAAAACCAUCAGUUAAAAAAAAAAACAAAAUGGACUGGUUUGUUAGCUAGGAGUCCCAUGCUUUGAUUCUUGAGAUUAUUUGAUUUGAACAUUUGAUUUUGGGCCAGAAAUGUUUCCAAGACUUUUUAGAAACAGGCUCCUGUUGAGAAACCAGUGAGAGUAGAACAGAGUGGGGAUGCCUCUCGCUCAGUCAGUAAAUUUAGAGUACAUCGUAAACUCCUAAGUGAGACCAUCUAGAUGUAGUUUUAUCUGUUCUAUGCUAGAUACCACAUUGUGUUAUUCCUAUAGAGCACUGGUGCAAUUUGUCAUGUACUGUGAACAUAUAAGAGCAUUCUUUUAUAUUUUUCCACGUACAACACUAACAAAGGUUCACCCUAAGUGAUACCAAAAUUAGCUUCCCACAAAGGCGUUUUUAGGGGAGUCGUGUUUCCUCAUGGGGGUGGAGGAAAAAUGCCUAAAUGGGAGGCUAUACCAAAACGGGAUUUCCCCAACUGCAUCAGUCAGUGAGCAUCUCCACCCCUCCCUUGUGAUCUAGCCUCUCAAGUGUCCUAUGUGUUUGCAUGUAAGAGUGUUAUAACAGGGUUGUCUCAAAGAUUUCAAAUUCCUGUGGAAAUACUAUUUUUCUUCUAUUACCUAUGAAAGUAGCGGGGAGCCAUGUUCAUAGUAGCCUGGGGAAAUCCCCGGUCCCCGCUUCUUUAUGACAGCCCGGUUGUAAUCUGUACAUCGGUUUGUAAAGAAACAGGCAUUGUUAAUUUAAAAUAAGUUAUCAUUUUUAUCUUUUGCAGGUGCAUCCUCGAACAUCAGUUGAAGAUCAAGAUGAGUUGUCAUCACUGUUACAAGUUCCUCUUAUGGUAUGUACAUCUGAUCGGUCAACCUCCACUUGUUUUGCCCCAUGUAAGAAAAUCUGGAUUCCCAGAGAUUUUUGCUGGUGGAAUCCGAAAUCCUGGGCUGUGGAAUCUGGAUCCACAAUCCCAUGAACGAUUGGAAUCUGGAAUCCAAGUCCCACGUAUGCAAAGAAUCCAGAAUUCAGUACCUGUAUUUUCAGAAUCCAUCAUGUGGAAUUCAGAAGCCAAGACUGUCUUGGAUUCCCUGACAUAGGGUGCUUUGUUCAUUGAUGAGAAAUAACCUGUGAAAGCAUGGAAAUAGCAAGAACGUCUGUUUUUAGCCUAAAAAUAUGACUCAGCUUUUCUUUUUGACCUCAGUUUCACAGAUUUGCUUGCACCUCCUAAAAAUUGUCAGUAAUAUUAAACAAUAAUAUUGUAGCAUUGUUUUACAGGCUGGAACUGUCAACAGAGGUAGUGAUCUAGUGGGAGCGGGUAUGGUUGUUAAUGACUGGAGUGCAUUUUGUGGGCUUGACACGACCAGUACUGAACUGUCUGUUAUAGAAAGUGUGUUCAAAUUAGGAGACGCUCAACCUUCUGCAGUAGCAACCACUAUGAGAGCUUCAUUGGUUGAAAGGUACAAAUUUUUUUCUUGCUUACUUUUGUUGAAAUGUCCAUUCUAA